GGUAAAUGGACGUUUGAUGUGGUGUUUGUCAAGAUUGUGCUAUUGUGUGUUUACAGUGAUUUUUAUCCCGUUACUAUAAUCCGAAUUGAGGCAAACGCUUUUCAGGAGUAGAUGAAGGUGACAGGAUGUCUCGCAACAAAGAUAAGCACGAGGGCGCGAGCGGGCGCACGUAUCAUAUCAUGUCGGAGGCGGAGCGGGCGUCGGGCAGGCGCGGCGGGUGGACUACUCUUGAGAUAACAGGAGGUGUGCGCGCCCUGGCGCCGCCCCUGUUCCAACUGACGCACCUGACCGCGCUGUACCUCAACGACAACUCGCUGCAGCGCAUCCCGCCGGACAUCUCGGCGCUCGUCAACCUCCACACCCUGGACUGCUCCAACAACAAGCUGCGCACGCUGCCUGCAGAGCUGGGAGACCUCAUACAGCUCAGGGAGCUCCACCUGCACAACAACUACCUGCGGGUGCUGCCUUAUGACCUCGGCAAGCUGUUCCACCUGCAGCUGCUGGGGCUGCAGGGCAACCCGCUCAGCAAGGAGAUGCUGUCGAUAUACAACGACAGCAACGGCACAGCGAAGCUGCUCUCGUACCUGCUCGACAAUUUACAAGUUACUGCCACUUUACCACCACAGAGGCCUUGGAUACCACUCACGAGACCAAACAGGUCCCGACCAACAUGUAUAUUCACUGUGAUGUGCUACAACGUGCUGUGCGACAAGUACGCGACGCGACAGAUGUACGGCUACUGCCCCAGCUGGGCGCUGGAGUGGGACUACAGGAAAAAGGGCAUACUCGACGAGAUCAGACACUACUCUGCCGACAUCAUCAGCUUACAGGAGGUAGAGACGGAUCAGUUCUACAGCUUUUUCCUGCCGGAGCUGAAACAGGACGGGUAUGACGGCAUCUUCUCACCCAAGUCGCGCGCCAAGACCAUGUCAGAGUCGGAGCGGAAGUACGUGGAUGGCUGCGCGAUAUUCUUCAGAUCUGCUAAAUUUUCAUUAGUAAAGGAACACUUAAUCGAAUUCAACCAGUUGGCAAUGGCGAACAGCGAGGGUUCGGACAAUAUGCUCAACAGGGUUAUGCCAAAAGACAACAUCGGUUUAGCCGCGCUACUUAAAACCAAGGAAGCGGCUUGGGAAAAUGGUCUACCAUCAGACAACAGCAGCCUGGCGCAGCCGAUCCUGGUGUGCACGGCGCACAUCCACUGGGACCCGGAGUUCUGCGACGUGAAGCUCAUCCAGACGAUGAUGCUGAGCAACGAGCUGCGGUCCAUCCUCGACGACAGCGCGCGCACGCUACGCCUCGCCGGCCAGCGCGACAACGUGCAGCUGCUGCUGUGCGGCGACUUCAACUCGCUGCCCGACAGUGGUGUGGUGGAGUUCCUGUCGUCGGGUCGCGUGUCGUCGGAGCAUCGCGACUUCAAGGAGCUGGGGUACGCGGCGUCGCUGCGCCGCAUGCCCGGCUCCGAGCACGAGUUCACGCACAACUUCAAACUCGCCUCCGCGUACAGCGAGGACAUCAUGCCCUAUACUAAUUACACUUUCGACUUCAAGGGCAUCAUCGACUACAUAUUCUACAGCAAGCAGUCGAUGACGCCGCUCGGGCUGCUGGGCCCGCUGUCGGCGGACUGGUUCCGCGAGCACAAGGUCGUCGGCUGUCCGCACCCGCACAUACCCUCAGAUCACUUCCCGCUGCUCGUCGAGUUGGAGAUGUGUCCGAGCACGAGCGGUAACUCCAACGGGCUCAUCGGGCGCAGGUAGCACGCCCGCGCUCACGGCCCCGCCCCCGCCCGCGCCCCGCCCCCGGUGCCCAUGUGAUACGGACUACACGCCCAGCGUUGGGUGAAGAAUCUUGUACAUAAAUCGGUUUCGAUAUGUAUGUGUAUAAUGUAUAUUUAACAACAAUUUUUUAUUGGCUUCUGUUAGGAAAGAGAUCCCGUUGACACUGUCUUCGUGGUGGUUGUGAUGUCUCGUGUGCGUGAGCGAUGCGUGUGAGAGUGGGAUGGAGAUAAUGUCAGUGGGUUCCUUUUCUUCUAAUCUCGCGUAAGAAUAAAUAGAUUGACAGUUAACAAUACUUACUACCGAUUGGAGUACAUUACGAUGAAAUGAAUACUUGGAACGUUUUUUGUUGAGUGUACUUUUGUCGGUUGUGACAUUUCACGAGUACUUAACAUUGUAUUAAUUUUACCGACUUUGAGCAGAAAUGUUUACUUGAAUUUUUUUUCGCAAAGAAUCGAAUACGCUAUCUUUAGUUGCCAUUAUUAUACAACAUCAAAGCAAUAUAUGGUUAAUGCUUGACAACAUUUUCAUAGGACGUUAUAUUUUACAAUAGUAGCGGUAAGAUGUUAGUUGUUUCGAUGUAUUUAUAGUUCGGAGAGUAGUUGACGUAACUAAGGAUCAACGCAUUGAGUAGUUUGGUGUUGUGUAACUAGAUUAGUGAAUGUAGUAUAACUUAAACUCAUCUGAAUAGUUCAAUUCAUCUAUAAAACUUUUACAAUUGUAAAUUGGGUCAACAUUUUCUCAAUAUUUUAUGUGCCCAUGAUUAAACAUUGCUAAAAAUAGCUUUGUUCUGUACCUACCUAUUGUGUUUUAGUAAAAUUAUUCAACACAAGUAUUGAUCACUUUUAAAUCGUGAUAAAAUUGUCUGGAGUUAUGUGCAAUAAAUGAAGUGGAAUAAUUUGCUUCGUAACUCGUAGCAUGUAGCGUUUCAUAAAAAUAUCUAAUUUAAACUCGUCUUAUCGACUAUUUAUAUAAUCAAUUUACUGUAAAUGUUUUUAAAUAAUAUUAAAUAUUAUAUUUGUAUAAUAAACUUUAAAUCAAUCUGUCAAUAGUUCCAUUUUUAUACUGUGAUGAUCCUUAGUUAAUUUUACUAGUUUUUGAAUAAGUCUUGGUCGACUACGGAUACCACACUAUAUUACGGUAUAUUGUAAUGUUAUUGGCUUACCAAAGAAUGUGAACGGGUGAAUGUGUUGUUAAUAAUAUUUAUAUUAUAUUAUAUACUUCCAUAAAAUGACA